AUGGAUAAGACGUGGAUUUGGCUUCCAAGGAAUAGCCACGAGUAUUCAGAAGGAGCAACUAAUUUCGUGAAUUCGUCAGUAAGAAGAUUGGGAAGUCUUCUUGAAAUGUUAUGCCCUUGUAGAGACUGCCGCAAUCUGAGCCAUCAGUCACUGGAUAAAAUUGUGGAGCAUUUGGUGAUUAGGGGUAUGGAUAAGAAGUAUAAGAGUUCUCGUUGGAGUAUUCAUGGUGAAAAAAGAGAUUCUGCAGAAGACAGUGUUCUUCAAUGUGAAACAAAGGCAUUUGAUUUGUUUAAGACAGCAUUCUCCAUGGACGAAGGUGGUCCAAACCCGACAACUGACAACGAAGAUGAUGAAGCACCAGAGGAACUUGAGUUUACAAAAAAGCUAAGAGAUGCUCAAACGCCAUUAUACUCGGGUUGUCUCAAGCACACAAAGGUUUCAGCUAUCAUGGGACUUUACAGAUUCAAGGUUAAAAGUGGUGUGUCGGAGAACUACUUUGAUCAGCUGUUGGUUUUACUUGAGGAUUUGCUACCUGAAGACAAUGUUCUUCCCAAGAGUUUAGCUGCAAUCAAGAAAUUUCUGAAGAUCUUUGGGUUCGGCUACGACAAUAUCCAUGCUUGCAAGAAUGAUUGCAUACUGUAUAGGAAGGAGUACGAGAACCUACAAAGCUGUCCAAGAUGCAAAGUUUCAAGAUGGGAAAUGGAUAAGCACAGGAAUGAGAUAAAGGUGGGGAUUCCGGCAAAGGUCCUUAGAUAUUUUCCAAUCAAGGACAGGUUUAGGAGGAUGUUUAGAUCAAAGAGGAUGGCUGAAGAUCUGCGUUGGCACUAUACCAAUUCCACUGAAGAUGGUACAAUGCGGCACCCCGUUGAUUCUAUCUCUUGGGCACAAGUGAAUGCUAAAUGGCCAGACUUUGCUGCUGAUCCACGGAAUCUUCGACUUGGGAUUUCUACAGAUGGGAUGGACCCUUUCUCCAUGCAAAGCACCAAUCACAGCACAUGGCCAGUGUUGUUAGUGAACUAUAACACGCCUCCAACCAUGUGUAUGAAGGCUGAGAAUAUAAUGUUGACUUUGUUGAUCCCUGGUCCUACUGCUCCUGGUAACAACAUAGAUGUUUACCUAGCACCACUGAUAGACGAUCUAAAAGAUUUGUGGGCUGAGGGUAUUGAAGUGUAUGACUCAUUUGCGAAGGAAAAUUUUAAUCUCAAAGCCUUGCUGCUUUGGAGUAUCAGUGACUAUCCAGCCUUAGGAACAUUGUCUGGAUGUAAAGUAAAGGGGAAACAAGCCUGCAAUGUAUGUGGAAAGGAUACACCUGCAAGGUGGCUUAAGUUUGUCUACAUGGUUAACCCUCCAAAUAUUGGUAGUUUAAAGUCGCAUGAUCAUCAUGUCCUAGUACAGAACUUGUUACCAGCUGCAUUAAGAGGGUUGUUACAUAGUGGUCAUAGGAUAGCCAUAAAUAGAUUAUGCAGUUACUUCAUUAGGUUGUGUCAGCGCAUCAUUGACCCAGAGAAACUUAUAUCCAUGGAAACAGAGUUUGUGGAAACAAUGUGUCAGCUGGAGCGCUUCUUCCCUCCAGCCCUUUUUGAUAUCAUGUUUCACCUACCAAUACAUCUAUCAAAAGAGGCACGCUUGGGAGGACCAGUUCACUUCCGCUGGAUGUAUCCCUUCAAAAGGUACAUGAAAACACUAAAGGCUUUUGUGAAGAAUUAUGCAAGGCCAUAA